AUGGCUGAACUGAAACAAGCUGACAAGACACCUGAUUUUGUCUCGCUCACCAACAGUCGAAUCCGCAUCUGCUCACCACCGGCCGCCGCCACCUCCCCUGCCCGCCUUGGCCUGCACCGCCCUCCCCGUGCGCGCCCUCCAGCACCGUCGCCGCCUCGCCCGCCCGCCCCGGCCUCCCCGCACCCUGCCCCGCCCUCCAGCGCCGCCGCCGCCACCUCCCCCGCCGCCCCGGCCUGCACCGCCCUCCCCCCGCGCGCCCUCCCCCGCCCUCCAGCGCCGCCGCCGCCACCACCUCCCCCGCCCGUCCCGGCCUGCACCGCCCUCCCCGCGGUAGCCCUCCAGCGCCGCAGCCGCCGGCCACCUCGCCCGCCCUCCCCCGCCCUCCAGCGCCGCAGCCGCCACCUCCCCCGCCUGCCGCGGCCUGCCCCGCCCUCCCCGCGCGUGCCCUCCAGCGCCGCCGCCGCCUCACCCGCCCGCCCCGGCCUCCCCGCGCCCUCCCCCGCCCUCCAGCGCUGCUGCCGCCACCUCCCCCGCCCCGGCCUGCACCGCCCUCCCCGCGUGCCCUCCAGCACCGCCGCCGCCGGCCGCCUUGCCUGCCCGCCCCGGCCUCCCCACGCCCUCCCCCGGCCUCCAGCGCUGCUGCCGCCGCCGCCGCUGGCCGCCUCGCCCUCCGGCCCUGGCCUCCACCGCGGGCAGGCGACUUGA